AUGGGGCUGCAGAUGCGCGUGCAGAGGGCAGCAGGGCGCACGGGGCGCACAGGGCCGCAGGGCGCGCGGGGCACGCAGGACAGCAGGGCGCGCGUGGCGCGCAGGGCUGCAGGGCGCGCGGGGCGCGCAGGGCAGCAGGACAGCAGUGCGCGCGGGGCGCGCAGGACAGCAGGGCGCGCAGGGCGCGCAGGGCUGCAGGGCGCACGGGGCGCACAGGGCAGCAGGGCAGCAGGGCGCGAGGGGCGCACAGGGCUGCAGGGCAGCAGGGCGCGCGGGGCGCACAGGGCAGCAGGGCACGCGGGGCACACAGGGCUGCAGGGCAGCAGGGCACGCGGGGCGCACAGGGCUGCAGGGCGCGCGGGGCGCACAGGGCAGCAGAGCGCGCGGGGCGCACAGGACAGCAGGGCGCGCGUGUCGCGCAGGGCUGCAGGGCGCGCAGGGCAGCAGGACAGCAGGGCGCGCAAAACGCGCAGGGCUGCAGGGCGCACGGGGCGCACAGGGCAGCAGGGCAGCAGGGCGCGCGGGGCGCACAGGGCUGCAGAUCCCCUCCCCCCCACUGCUGCACCCGCAGCAGGGGGAUGGAGGAGAAGUCAGCCACCCCCCGGAACCGCACCCCUCUUGCCACCCCCUCACCCUCCAUGA